AUGGUGAUCCACACGGGGGAGGGGGCCUUUGUGUGCAAGGACUGUGGGAAGUCAUUCUCCCAUAAUUCAUUUCUCAAGCGCCACAUGUUGGUCCACACUGGGAAGAGGCCCUUCGUGUGCAAGGUCUGUUGGAAGUCGUUCUCCCAAAAAUCAUAUCUCAAACAACACAUGAUCUUCCACACCGGGAAGAGACCCUUUGCGUGCAAGGACUGUGGGAAGUCGUUCUGUCGGAAAUCAAAUCUUAAGACCCACUUGGUGAUUCACACAGGGGAGAAACCCUUCGUGUGCAAUGACUGUGGGAAGCUGUUCUCCAGUAAAGCAAGUCUCAAGAGACACAUGGCUAUCCACACGGGGGAGAGGACUUUCACAUGCAAUGACUGUGGGAAGUUGUUCUCCCAGAAAUGGAGUCUCAAGACCCACAUGGUGAUCCACACGGGGGAGAGGCCCUUCGUGUGCAAGGACUGUGGGAAGUCGUUCGCCCAAAAAUCGAGCCUCAGGACCCACAUGACAAUCCACACGAGGGGAAGCCUUUUCCUGGAGGAGCAACCUGGAACGACAUUUCCGGAUCCAGGAAGGAGAGACUCGAUCGGAUCAUGAGGAGGCAUUAAAGUCAGCUGUCUUCCAGUGAUUCAUCAACCUGAAUCACUGUUUCUGACUGUACGAUUCACUUUUCUUGUUUUGUAGAUCACAUUGUGAACUUGACCCCUGUAGACUAAUUAGUUAUUGAAUUUACAAUUUACAAUUCAAUAAACUGACUUUCUAACCA